GUCAAAAUGAAGGUAGCGAUCGUGGGCGGAGGUAUCGUCGGUUUAUCGACAGCAUUGAACUUGAAAAAUGAGUUUAGGGAUUCGAAAAUUACAAUUAUUGCUUCGAGCUUUGAAGACACUACGAGCCAUGUAGCCGCUGGUAUUUUUAGAGUCGCGUCAUCAUUUUCUGGACCAACAGACGAGAUAACAUGGAAAUGGAUAAAAGACUCUUAUGAAUACUAUGAUGACAUUCGAAAAACAGAGGAAGCUGCUUUAGCUGGGAUAACUAACGUAUCUGGUUAUAUAUUUGCGAAAUCCUCUCCAUAUGCGAUAAAGAAUCAGUGGAUGGAAAAACUACUUCCUAUUUACCGAAAAGUGACUCCCGAAGAAUUAAAACUCGUCGAAGGCGGUUGGAAGUAUGGAUCGUUUUUUAUGACAAUUCUCAAUGAAACUAGCCUUCACCUUCCCUGGGCUAGACAAAAGUUAAUCUUAAAUGGAACUGUCCUUGUUGAAAAAACUGUAAACUCUUUGAAGGAGAUAACAAAAAAUUUCGAUUUGGUCAUCAACUGCUCUGGUUUGGGAGCUCGUGAACUCUGCAAUGAUAGACAUCUAGUACCAAUUCGGGGUCAAGUUACGAAGGUGAAAGCACCGUGGAUAAAAACCUUUUUUUAUGGCGAAAACGAUACCUAUAUCAUUCCCGGAUUUAAUGGUAUUUGUACUCUGGGCGGAGUUAGAGCUUUUGACUCAGAAAAUAGAGAAUUUUGUCCUCAUGACGCAGCUUCAAUUCGAGAGAGAUGCGUCAAAUUAAUUCCAUCUUUAUCAAAAGCUGAGGUCGUUCGUCAUAUGACCGGAUUGCGACCUCAUAGAGAAGGAAAUGUACGCGUUGAAUUGGAAAAAAUAUCAGACGAAUUUUCCAGUAAAAUGGUAGUACAUAAUUAUGGCCAUGGUGGUUAUGGUGUUUCGACAGCUCCUGGAACUGCAAAAUACGCAGUAGAGUUGGCAAAAGAAACACGCAGAAUGUCUUCCAAACUGUAGAUACCCUUUUUUCGGGAUUUUAUAUAAACAAUUAAAUAUUAAUCGAAUGUUUAUUACAAUUUUUAAAAAUAUUUUCAAACAAAAAGAUUAAUUUUUUACCAUAAA